AUGACCGCAGCACGCCGGAAGUUUACUCGUUUCCAAGGCGAUGGUUAUACCACCGCUCUAGCCUCGCUGCUGGAGGGGACGCUGGAAAGCGACUUGGAGGAGAAGGUACAGGUCGACGGCGGCCGCCGCCACAGCGCCUCACGGGGAGUAGCAAACGAAGACGGCGGCCGCCGCAUUAGCCACCACGUGUGGAGGAUAAACGGCCGAUACGGCCAUGGUGGCGCCGAGUCAAGGGAAAGAGUUAGCGAGGACCAGGACUUCCGUUGCAGCGACGACGGAGAAAGAAAACAUGAAGACGGUAACUGCCGCGCCAGGGUCUCCGCAAGAAGAAUAAGUGAAGUCGUCAGCUUUUCCCGCAGCGACUCGAGAAGAGUCAGCGAAGACCUAGCCUACCACCGCAGUGUCUCUCGGGAGAGAAUUAGGGGAGAUGGUGGCUACCGUCACAGCCGCGGCUUCCGCAGCAGCGACGUGAAUUUAAGUGAAGUUGGCAGCCACGAAACUAGUGACUCCUGGGGAACGGUCAGAGAAGACCGCGGCCUCCGCUUCAGUGGUACUUGGGGGGCAGGUAGUGAAAUCCAGGGCCCCCGAACCAGCGACUCCGGGGAGAAAGUCAGUGACGACCGCAGCCGCCGCCUCAGUGGCUCUUGGGAGGGAGGGAGUGUCGAUGGCCACAGCCUGAGUAGUUCUUGGGACGGUGUAAGUGAAGACCAAGGCUACGCGGCCAGUGACUCCUCCGAGGUGAGUGUCAGCGAAGACUCCAGCCGCCGCCUCAGUGGCUUGUGGGAGAGAAAAAGUGAAGACGAAGUUUCCCGCUGCAGGGUCCCCUGGGAGAAAGCAAAGGAGGACCGUGGCCCCUGUCCCAGUGACGACGACGAAGACGGCCGCUGCUGCUGCAGUAGCUCGUGGGUGAGAUCAAGUGAAGACCGUCGCAGCAGCAGGGGCCUGGACUCAACUCCUUCCCAGAGUCGGAAGGGUUGCACCAUGCCCGGGGUGGCCUCCACUUCCUCUAGGGAGACUGCAAACCCGUGUGCCGGGAAGAAGGUGCAUUUUGGUAGCAUACAUGAUGCAGUACGAGCUGGAGAUGUAAAGCAGCUUUCAGAAAUAGUGGAACGUGGAGCCAGCAUUAAUGAAGUUGAUGUUCUCCAUAAAUUUACACCUUUACAUUGGGCAGCACACUCUGGAAGUUUGGAGUGUCUUCAUUGGCUGCUUUGGCAUGGAGCUGAUAUCACACAAGUAACUACGAGAGGUUGGACAGCAGCUCACAUAGCUGCAAUCCGGGGUCAGGAUGCUUGUAUGCAGGCCCUUAUGAUCAAUAGAGCAAAUAUGACAUCUCAAGAUGAUCGUGGAUGCACACCUUUACACCUUGCUGCAACUCAUGGACAUUCUUUCACUUUACAAAUACUGCUCCGAAGUGGAGUGGAUCCCAGUGUGACUGAUAAGAGAGAAUGGAGACCUGUACAUUAUGCAGCUUUUCACGGGCGGCUUGGCUGUUUGCAACUUCUUAUUAAAUGGGGAUGUGGCAUAGAAGAUGUGGACUACAAUGGAAACCUUCCAGUUCACUUAGCAGCCAUGGAGGGCCACCUUCACUGUUUUAAGUUCUUACUCAGUAGAAUGAGCAGUGCAACACAAGGUUUAAAAGCCUUCAAUGAUAAUGGAGAAAAUGUAUUGGAUCUGGCCCAGAGGUUCUUUAAGCAGAACAUUUUACAGUUUAUCCAGGGGACUAAGUAUGAAGGAAAUGAUCCAGAAGAUCAGGAAACUUUAGCAUUUCCAGGUCAUGUGGCUGCCUCUAAGGGUAAUUUGGAGAUGGUUAAGAAAUUAGUAGAAGAUGGAGUAAUCAAUAUUAAUGAGCGUGACGAUAAUGGAUCAACUCUUAUGCAUAAAGCUGCCGGACAAGGCCACAUAGAGUGUUUGCAGUGGUUAAUUAAAAUGGGAGCUGACAGUAAUAUUACCAACAAAGCAGGGGAGAGACCCAGUGAUGUGGCUAAGAGGUUUGCCCAUUUGGCAGCAGUGAAGCUAUUAGAGAGGCUGCAGAAAUAUGACAUAGACGAUGAGAUUGAAAUUGAUGAGAAUGAUACAAAGUUUUUUGUAAGACAUGGUGUUGAGGGGAGCACUGACGCCAAGGACGAUGUAUGUCUGAGUGAGUCGGAUAAAACAGAGGCCAGAAUGAGAGCUUAUAAGAAAAUUGUAGAAUUGAGACAUCUCUUGGAAAUUGCUGAGAGCAACUAUAAACACUUGGGAGGGAUGACAAAAGAAGAUCUAAAGCAGAAGAAAGAACAGCUCGAGUCUGAAAAGACCAUCAAAGAGCUACAGGGUCUACUGGAGUAUGAACGACUACGUAGAGAAAAAUUAGAAUGUCAACUGGAUGAAUGUCGAGCAGAGGUGGAUCAACUCAAGGAAACACUGGAAAAAAUUCAGGCCCCUAGCUUUGUGGCUAUGGAAGACAACUCUUCUUGUGAGUCAAGCAAAGAGAAGAGGCAAGUGAAAAAAAAGGUGUCUUCUGGAGGAGUGUUUGUGAGAAGGUACUAGUCAGUGAAAUAACUUUUAAUAAACUUGCUUGAUUUUUCUUUCAUUUUUAAAAUUAAUGUAAAUGUAAAUCUAUAUGAACUCUUCUCAGAAUUACUCUGAUAUGCUACUAUUCCAGUUCUGAGGGCAGAAAUAUGUUAUAUAAUAUCAAAGGGAUUUUUAAAAUUAUUGUUAUGUACUCCUCCUCCCAAUAUACUUUUUUAUAUAUCUACAUAGGCAAGUCAAGAGGUUUAUGAGUAAUUAAUUUUGAAAGUAUUCACAUAAAUUUUAAAAUAUAAGACAGUAUAGUCUAGUAAUAAAAAGAAGUCUAGCUCUGGAUAUUAAAAAUUAUUAAAAAUUCUAUUAUAGCUCCA